UUCUUAUUUAAUUAAAAGCGUAGACAAUUUCUUUGCUCAUUUUUGCUGCAUACGGUUUUAAUAUCAGUUAUUUUGAUUGAAAUAAUAUGGCCAAUCGCGGAAAUCGGGGCCGUAAAACAGAGGAAGUGGUUGAUAAUACUAUUAAUUACGUUCAAUGUGAUGGUUUGGCAGUGAUGAAAAUUGUCAAGCAUUGUCAUGAGGAAUCUAGCACUAUGGAUUUAGCACAAGGUGCUCUUCUUGGUCUGGUAGUUGACAAAUGCCUUGAAAUUACGAAUUGUUUUCCGUUUCCCAAAAGCGACGACGAGACAAUGGAUGAGGAAAUGUAUCAGUUAACUAUGAUGAGGCGCUUGCGUCGCGUAAAUGUUGACCAUUUUCAUGUAGGCUGGUAUCAAAGUGCCAACGUCGGCAACUUUUUAUCUGUGGCACUAUUGGAAUCGCAAUUUCAUUAUCAAACCAGUAUUGAAGAAUCAGUGGUGGUAGUUUAUGACACACAAAAGUCAAGUCGCGGUUUCCUGUGCUUGAAAGCCUAUCGCUUAACACCGCAAGCAAUACAAAUGUAUAAGGAUAACGAAUUCACCCCAGAGGCUUUGCGCAAUCUAAAAGUGGGCUACGAACGUUUGUUUGUGGAAAUUCCAAUCGUAAUUAAAAAUUCGCCUUUAACCAAUAUAAUGAUGAGUGAGCUAAGCGAAAUGAUGCCUGAAGAGCAAGGACACAAUUUCCUUGAUUUGGCUACUGCUUCGGUAUUAGAGAAUCAUAUGCGUUGCUUAAUCGAACGUGUUGAUGAACUAUAUCAGGAAUCAACACGUUACAAUAAAUACCAGCAGGCAGUCUUCAAACAGGAAACAGAAAAACAUCGUGCCUUGGCUAAACAGGCUGCUGAUAAUGCUAUGCGUGUUUCCAAAGGAGAACCUCCCAUACCCGAAGAGGAAGUCUUAAAACAAUUUCGACCUUUACCAGUACCGCCAAGGCUUAAUGCUACCAUUACAUCGGGACAGAUUAACACUUACUCACAGCACAUGUCACAAUUUUGCUCGCAGUCUUUGGCGAAAUUAUUUAUUACUCAGUCUUUACAAAAUGCCAAGGAGGCAAAAGAUGCUAAGUAAAUUUUUCGAAAAGAUCCUUCAUUCCGUCUUUGCAUUUAUUGUUAAAAAAAAAUAUAUUAAAUACUUGUAAUAAAUUGCCGUAAAUUAGACGGACGGGAAAUAACUAAA